CUCAAUCUGCUAGCUAUGACUGGUCAAGAUUUGGAAGUGGAAAAUCUUCCCAUUCCUGCAAUGAAUGUGAUUGUUGUGACACUGCAAAUGGAUGUAAACAAGCUGAAUAUCACAUUGCUUCGGAUAUUUCGCCAAGGAGUGGCAGCAGCACUGGGACUGUUACCUCAGCAAGUUCAUAUCAACAGACUCAUUGGGAAGAAGAACUGUGUGGAACUGUUUGUGUCCCCACUGAACCGAAAGCCAGGAAUUUCUGAGGCGCUCCCAUCUGAAGAAGUGCUGCGUUCCCUUAAUAUCAACAUUUUGCAUCAGAGUUUAUCCCAGUUUGGAAUAACAGAGGUCUCCCCUGAGAAAAACGUUUUGCAAGGCCAGCAUGAAGCAGACAAAAUCUGGAGCAAGGAAGGAUUUUAUGCAGUUGUCAUAUUUCUCAGCAUCUUUGUCAUUCUAGUCACUUGUUUAAUGGUUCUGUACAGAUUAAAGGAGAAGAUCCAGUUGUCACUGAGACAAGAGAAGGAAAAGAAGCAGGAGAUCCACCUCUCGCCCCUUCCCCUGCAGACAUCUCAGUCCGAGUAUAAGACCACCAACAGCAUGGUCCAGCCUGAACAGGCUCCAAAGGUUGUCAACGUUGUAGUGGACCCUCAAGGCCAAUGUGUUCCUGACCUCAAACCUCCCCUGUGUGCCAGUCCGUCUCCUUUCAGAAUGAAACCUGUGGGGCUCCAGGAAAGACGAGGAUCCAAUGUCUCACUGACUUUGGAUAUGAGCAGUUUGGGAAGUGUUGAACCUUUCAUCGCUGUGCCAACCCCGCGAGAAAAAGUAGCGAUGGAAUACCUACAGUCAGCCGGCCGUGUCCUGACACGGCAGCAGCUUCGAGACGCGGUGGCAUGUUCGCAUUUACUUCAAACAGAAUUCAUGGAAAUACCGAUGAAUUUUGUGGAUCCCAAAGAAAUUGACAUCCCAAGUCACGGAACUAAAAACCGCUAUAAAACAAUUUUGCCAAAUCCUCUAAGCAGAGUGUAUUUGAAACCAAAAAAUCCAUCUGACUCCUUGAGUACCUACAUAAAUGCUAACUACAUUAGGGGAUAUGGAGGUAAAGAGAAGGCUUUCAUUGCAACUCAGGGACCCAUGAUUAAUACCGUGAAUGAUUUCUGGCAGAUGGUUUGGCAAGAAGACAGCCCUGUCAUUGUUAUGAUCACAAAGCUGAAAGAAAAAAAUGAGAAAUGCGUGCUUUAUUGGCCAGAAAAAAGAGGAAUCUAUGGGAAGGUUGAAGUCCUUGUUAACAGUGUGCAAGAAUGCGAGAACUAUACUGUCCGUCAGCUUACAAUAAAGCAAGGGAGUCAGUCCCGGAGUGUGAAACACUACUGGUACACAUCCUGGCCAGACCACAAAACCCCUGACAGCGCUCAGCCUCUGCUGCAGCUCAUGCUGGAUGUAGAAGAGGACAAGGUGGAAUCACUGGGCAGAGGGCCUGUCAUUGUGCACUGCAGUGCUGGUAUAGGAAGAACUGGAUGUUUUAUUGCCACAGCCAUCGGUUGUCAACAGUUGAAGGAAGAGGGAGUUGUAGAUGCAUUGAGCAUUGUCUGCCAGCUACGAGUGGAUCGGGGUGGAAUGGUUCAGACCAGCGAACAGUAUGAAUUUGUGCACCAUGCACUGAGUCUGUAUGAAAGCAGACUUUCUGCAGAAGCUGUCCAGUGAAGCCAAGGGGGUAAAACCAAAUGUCAGUCUCUUGAGGUAAUUUGUUUCAUUACCUACCAGCAGCUUCUUCAAGGAGU